CUUCCCAUUCCCUUUUUUCUCUUAUUAAACCCCUUCAUAACCAUAUGCUUCAGCCUCAUAUUUCUGAUCUCCACUCAAAUGAACUCUCUAAACCUCAAGAACACUCUAGCUAUACUUCUUUACCAUUCUUGACACUGUGUGUGUGUAUAUAUAUAUAUAUAACAUUUAGCAGUAGUACACACAAAUUUUUGGGAAUUAAGGAUGAGGACUGGAGGUUACACUCUUCACCAGUCUCUAACUCUUGAAUCGGCUGCCAUUGUUAAGCAGGCAGUCAGCCUUGCGAGACGGCGAGGCCAUGCGCAAGUUACGCCCCUUCAUGUAGCAAGCGCGAUGAUAUCUUCUUCAACAGGUUUGCUGAAAAGGGCUUGCCUUCAAUCUCAUUCUCAUCCUCUCCAAUGUAAGGCUCUUGAGCUUUGCUUCAAUGUUGCGCUCAACCGGCUUCCAACGUCUGCUUCUACCCCUCUCAUCAGCCCUCAUUCUCAUAUUCCGUCACUGUCUAAUGCCCUCGUCGCGGCCUUCAAGCGGGCUCAGGCUCACCAACGUCGCGGGUCAAUAGAGAACCAGCAGCAGCAGCCUAUAUUAGCCCUCAAAGUUGAGGUUGAGCAGCUUGUGAUUUCCAUUCUUGAUGAUCCGAGUGUUAGUAGAGUCAUGAGAGAAGCUGGUUUCAUCAGCACUCAAGUGAAGACCAAUGUGGAGAAAGCUGUUUCCUUGGAGAAAUGCAGUUCUCCGCAUCAUUCCAAAGAAAUCAGCACCAAAACCUUAGUUCUUGGAAACAGUAAUCCGCCUCAAGCAAUGCCUACGACAAGCUUGAGUAAGUUCAGAUUACUGCCACUUAACAAAACAGUACAACAGAAUGAAGAUGUGAUGAGUGUUUUGGAGGCCAUGAUGAACAAGAACACCAAAAACAAUGUCAUUGUAAGUGAAUCUCCAGAUACUGCUGAGAGUUUAGUUAAAGGGUUGAUUGAGAAGUUCGACAAGAGAGACGUCCCGGACGACAUGAAGUCUGUGCAGUUUCUAAGUGUUCCCCUUUUCACUCUGAGGAACAUUUCAAGGGAAGAGUUUGAAGUGAAGCUUGGAGAGCUGAGAGCCCUUGUGAAAUCCUAUGUGAGUAGAGGAGUAGUAUUGUACUUGGGGGAUCUUGGUUGGGUUUCUGACUAUUGGUGUAAGUGUAAUGGAGAGCAAAGGGAUGUGUACUACUACUGCCCUGUGGAGUAUAUGAUCAUGGAGCUCAGCAAACUGAUAUGUGGAGCAGAAGAAAGUAAGAAGCUUUGGCUAAUGGGAGUUGCAACCUUCCAAACCUAUGCCAAAUGUAGAACAGGCAGGCCUUCUUUGGAGACUCUUUGGAGUCUUCACCCUCUUACAAUACCUGCUGGCAACUUGGCUCUUAGUCUCAGCCUUGACAGUGGCAUGCAUGAUCAAGUGAAAAAGGAGCCGGUAGAUGAUUUGAACUGGCUAUUCCAGAAGGCUGGGAUGAAGAAUCAACUCAAUUUCUGUUCAGAUUGUUCAGUGAACUUCAAGAGAGAAGCUCAAGCUGUAAUGAGCUCUAAACAAGAGCCCUCCAGCUCAAGUUUGCCAACAUGGCUCCAACAGUACAAGGAUGAGAACAGAAGAAUUGAUCAGGAAUGUGAUAAACUCAAAGAUCUUUGCAAGAAAUGGAACUCAAUCUGCACUUCUGUCCACAAGAAACCCCAUUUUCUAGGGAAAGUCUUCAAUCUAUCCUCACCAUCUCCAGCUUCUUCCUCUACCUCUACAUCUUCAAAUGGCCUAAACAAAUCUAAACUUCACCAAACCCUUCUAAAUUGGCCAGUCGUUUUCGAACCAAGUCGGCCCUCUAAGGAGCACCAAACCUUUCUUUUUGAGAAAGACGACGAAGUUUCUAAACCGAGUUCCUCAGCAGCAAAGCCUGAACUUCUAUCAAACCCCAAUUCAAGUCCUAAUUCAGCUUCAUCUAGUGAAGCAAGCCAAGAAAUUAUGGAGUUCUCACACAGAUACAAGGAGCUGAGUUCCGAAAACCUCAACAUUCUUUGCAGUGCAUUGGAGAAGAAAGUCCCAUGGCAGAAAGAUAUAAUUCCUGAGAUUGUUAGUACAAUCCUUAGAUGCAGAUCAGGCAACAACAAGAACGAAAAUAGAGAAGAAAGUUGGCUGUUUUUCUUGGGUGUUGAUCAUGAUGGCAAAGAGACUAUUGCUAGAGAACUUGCCAAGAAUGUCUUUGGCUCUUACGAUAACUUCAUUGCCAUUGGUAUCAGCAGUUUCUCGUCAUCAACAAGAGCUGAUUCGAAUGAAGAAGUCAGCAACAAGAGGGCAAGAAACGAGCACGGGGGGAGUCUGUACGACAGGUUUUCAGACGCUGUACGCAGUAAUCCUAGCCGUGUGUUCUACGUGGAAGACGUUGAUCAGCUCGACCAUCGCUCUCUGAGGCAGCUGAAAAGCGCAAUAAAGAACGGAAGCAUUACACUUGCCGAUGGUGAGGUUGUGCUCAUGAGGGACGCCAUUAUCGUUUUCAGCUGCAAAACUUUCAGCUCUGACUCAAGAUCAGCUCUUUCUCCUCCCUCUGCAGAAAAGGGUUGCGAGAAGGAAGAAGAGGACAGUGAUGAACAGAAGGAAUGUCGGGUAUUGGAUUUGAACAUUGCAACAGAAGAUGGUGAUGAUGAAUUAGAUCAGAUUUCAGAUUCUGAAACUGGGAUUUUGGAUUUAGUGGACAAGAAAGUUGUGUUCAAGAUCCAGGUUUUGUAAAUUUGAGAGAAAUCAGUGUAGGAUUACUGUAUUUUUCCUUCUUGAUUUUUAGUUUUUCUCUUUUGAUAUCAUCUGUUAGUUUGUGUUUCCAUUUAGUUAGAGUACUUAGUCAUUUUGUAUUGGGCUGAGGAUAAAGAAGUUGAAAUGUACUUGUUAACUAUAUAGAUGCAGACUGCAGGUUCUUUUUGCUGAUCAUUACAACAAUUGUAUACUAAUUUGUCAGUACUAUGAUGAUCAUGGGAAUAUUACACCUGCUAAAUUGUCUUUUUGGUC